AUGACCGGUUAUGGCGCAAAGAAAAACGCUGGCCUGUACCUCUCACAACUGCGCGACGAGUGCACUCAUCGUUUCGGCGCAAACCAACACCAGGAUGAUCGUCUCCGCACUAACAUUACAGGUUGUAUCCUGGAGACAUUCACCGAAUACGACAAAGCUCUCUUUGCCUCCCGCCAGUACAUUCUUACGCUCUGGCCAGCAUUUGUAGGAGCCAUCGUUGCGCUUGCUCCUGAUCCUGCCUCCAUGAUCUACGAUAACAUAUGGUGGACAGGUCUCUUUUGCAUUACUUGCGGAGGACUCCCGGGUUUGGACAUGGCUUCAUCGCCUCCACAUCAUGUGGAGGUUCAUUCUGAAGUAGAUGGACGAGCGAUGUGCGAGACUUGGAGGUACGAUAGUGCUCGUCCCAGGGCGUUGUCUCGAUCUCGCACGAUGGGGUCUGCGACGAGGGGAGCAGGUCAUGUCCGCAUGGAAUGGAUUGCUUACUCCAUUGGAAUUGCUCUCUGGGUGGCUUUCAUUGUGUUCUUUGGUGCUACGUUGUAUGGAUCGGCCACCGACUUUGCGUUUGGAGGGGAUUGGUUAGCAGGGGCUGCCUGGUAUUACAUCUCAGCCAGCCCGGCCGUUCUAGCAGCUUGCUUUGAGCUUUGGCACAAUCGUGUUGAUCUGUACAAGCCUGUGGAUAACGUCAACACGAGUGAUGGGAGCGGAGCAACCAGCAACACAUUGGUAGUGGAUUCAAGUGUUGAAUUGCAGCAACACUACGAAAGAGUCAAGCAGUGCCAAGGCAGCUUUGGCCGGCAUUUUGGGCGAAUGGCAAUCGAGGCGCUGACCUCGUCGUGUUUGUCAACGACCCUAAUUGGACCGCUCAAUGACCUUCUGAACGCAUACAAUGGAUCGUUUCGAACUGGAGAGCAAGCUUCAGCUGUGCGGGGACUUCGGCGGGAUAAUCAUGCAAGGGGAUUGCCAAGAAGUCAGCAAUUGAUGUGCAUGGUCGGCAUCAACGGACGUACUACGGAGCUCGAUCCAAGGUCCCAGCUCCAAGUCCUGGCUGGCGCUGGGCCAGGGCAGCCAGAUGUCGGGCUCAAACAUCUUCGUCAUAUACGCGAGCGCAGAUGGGAAGAAUGUUACGUUAAGCCCGCGGGCGGGGACGGGGCAUGUGAUGCCGAAACACGAUACCACGGCGCAGGCGACGCUGUUGGAAGGGAGUGGGAUUGCGGGGGGCAGAUGACGGCCAACGUUCGGUGUACGUUCCCCACCCGCCCUGAAGCUUCCUACACCUUGUUGGGAAAGGAGAAGGGGCAAGAGAAAAGAACAAUCGCUGACGAGACGUGUGCAAUUGACAGGCUCCAACUGCGCAACCUGGCAAGGCGGCAGCAUGAACUUCGCCUCCUCCAACACCGACUGGAUCUGGGCCGCGAAAUCGGGCUCGCCCUUGAACAGCGACGACGCAAGCGCGACCAUCUCAAUGCACGACAACAUGGACGAGAUAACCCUCGACCUCACCAAAGCAAGGGGGGCAGUUCCCUGAACCCAUUCGUCGACUCCUCCACCUCCGCCGCCGCUACCACUUCCGCCUCCGCCCCCGCGGCCAGUGGUUCCGCUGCAUCCUCUUCCUCAGAGAAUGCCGGAGGUGUAGCCGGGCCCGAGAGUGGUGCAACGGGUUACACAUUGACCCCCGCCCAAAUAGCGGACUUGAAGAGGCAUCAAAGAGCCCUCAUCGCGCACGGUUGCCUCAUGGCCCUCGCGUUCGUCAUCUUCUACCCCCUCGGCGGCAUACUCGUGCGCUUGCUGCAUGUGAAAGGCACGGUCUGGAUCCAUGCCGGCGUGCAGGCUUUCGCGUAUACGCUUACUAUCGCGGGCAUGGGAUGCGGGGUGUAUGUCACGGGGCCUUAUGGGUAUAAUCUGGAUCACAAACACACCAUCAUCGGCCUUACCGUCAUCGCCGCCUUCUUCAUCCAGCCUUUCUUCGGUGUCAUCCACCACGCUGUGUUCAAAAAGACGGGGCGAAGGAGUUUCUGGUCUGAUAUCCACGUGUGGUUUGGGCGUCUGGUUUUGACACUGGGGAUCAUUAAUGGAGGAUUGGGUUUCGACUGGGCGGCGAAUACCACGGGUGGAGAGAUUGCUUAUGGCGUUGUUGCUGGCGUUGUUUGGGUGGGCUGGAUCGGGGUGGCGGUGUGGAGUGAUGUUAAGAGGUUAAGGGGUGGGGCGGGCGGUGGAGGUGGGGGUGAGGGUGGCCAAAGGGAGAAAGGGAGUCAGGCUUCGGAGUCGGAUGGCUGA